CACCUCAAUCCCUUCCAUGAUUCUGUCUGCAGAUCUAGACUGAAGAAACUCUCUAAUUUGUUUUGUUUGUACCCUCUUUAACGUUAAACAAAAUAAUAAACACCAAACCUUCGUAUCUCCCCAUUUCAUUGUUCUUCAUUGGGUUUUAAUGGGGAAAACCUUUAGUUUUCUUUUCAGCCUUUGUGAUUGGUUCCUCUGCUCCCCUUGAUGGGGAUUCUUCUCUUUCCCCAUGAAAUUUUAAACAAAUUUCUUUGGGGUUGGAGCUCUCUCUCUCUCUCUCUCUCUCUCUAGUCUCCCCUCUAUGCUGUACAUAUGGGGUUUCUUGCUUUUGCCUCCUCAGUAGCAUGUAACCCAUCCAUUCUCCCAGUUUCGAUCUCCGGGCCUGAUUCUUCAGACGAGAUUAUAUACGCGGAGUAUGUCUUGUAUGCUUCCCUGUUUCAUGUCAUCUUAUCCCAACUGUACCACUGUGGUGAACGAGCUUUUCAAUGCUUUCCUUUUUGGAUUUUGAAGCAAGAUAGGCAUAGAUGUUUAAUUUUUUCGUCUGUUAGGAUUAUGGAAUCUGGAAAUAGGUAUCACCCAGUUGAUGAGUUCAAAUUAGAUGCCAGAUGGCUAAUUGAUCCCAAGCAUCUCUUUGUUGGCCCAAGAAUUGGAGAGGGUGCCCAUGCCAAAGUCUACGAAGGAAAGUAUAAAAACCAUACUGUUGCAAUCAAAAUUGUCCACAAUGGAGAAACUCCAGAAGAAAUCGCCAAGAGAGAAGCACGGUUUGCAAGAGAGGUUUCCAUGUUAUCUCGAGUUCAACAUAAAAACUUAGUCAAGUUUAUAGGUGCCUGCAAAGAACCUGCUAUGGUGAUAGUGACUGAGCUUUUGCUGGCAGGAACAUUGAGGAAAUAUUUGUUGAACAUGAGGCCGAGGUGCUUAGAUACUGGUGUUGCUGUUGGUUUUGCCCUUGACAUUGCUCGUGCUAUGGAAUGUUUACACUCUCAUGGCAUCAUACACCGAGAUCUCAAACCUGAGAACUUGCUCUUGACAGCAGACCGCAAGACAGUAAAACUAGCAGACUUUGGCUUAGCUAGAGAAGAAUCAUUAACAGAAAUGAUGACUGGAACGGGAACUUACCGAUGAAUGGCACCCGAGUUGUACAGUACUGUUACAUUAAGGCAGGGAGAGAAGAAGCACUACAACCAUAAGGUGGAUGCCUACAGCUUUGCUAUUGUUCUGUGGGAGCUUUUACAUAACAAAUUGCCAUUUGAAGGCAUGUCAAAUCUUCAGGCAGCAUAUGCAGCUGCUUUCAAAAAUGUAAGGCCUAGCGCUGAAAACUUACCAGAGGAACUGGUAAUUAUUCUGACUUCAUGCUGGAAGGAGGAUCCGAAUGACCGGCCUAAUUUUAGUCAAAUAAUCCAGAUGCUUCUUAAUUAUCUUUCUACAGUUGCUCCCCCUAAACCCAUGAUUCCUCCCCAAAUUUUUACUUCAGAAAAUACAGUCUUUCCACCGGAAUCUCCAGGUACAAGCUCUUUGAUGGCAGCACACCAUGACUCGGGGGAAACUACCAAAGGAAAGAUGGAAGACAAGCCGAAGUCUUUCUUUUUCUGCUUUAGCCAGUGUUAUUAACCCAUUAUCGACAACUGAAAUGAUAAAUAUGAACAUAAUUGCCCUUUCUCGGGGUCAAAACUAGCUGAAGGAAGCUCAGUAAACUAGGAUUCAACUCUAGUGAUUACAUUUUGAUAACACCACAAAUUUCAAGUGAAUAAUCUACAUUUCAAUUAAGGUCAGUUAGAUAAAAUAUUUGCAGCGUAUCUAUCCA